UUGGGUGAGACGAUGCGGUCAUCAAAUUGUCAUCAGCACAUAAACCGAGGGAAGGAGGUUCAGGAUCAGCAUUUUUAUCUCUUUUCUCUUCUACCUAAACGCGAUGACUACCAACAACAACUCGUCUGUCUCUAGCUUUCUCUUGGACCCAUGGUCCCCUAUCAAGAUCGCGUUGCCCUCCGUAGCCAUCCAAGCUGUCUUGCAUUACACUGUGCUUGAAAAGCUCCCCAUACGCACCUUGACAUUAUGGCUCUCGCUCGUCAACACAUACUGGUUUGCAUCCACUCUUAACCAGAGCUUCUUGGAUACUCCGAUUACUCUCCUUUCCUCUUCAGAUGACAAGGUGCACUCCGCCAACGUUGGUAGACUCAUCUUCAACUGGUUGAACAAGCUGGAGAUCGCCGUCAGCGUCGUUAGUUUGGACUUGUACUGUGUCUGGAGACAAAAGAUCAUUGAUCGCGGUGGUUUUAUCGACAAGGUCUUGGUGGCCACCACCCUUCUCCCCCCUGCUAUUGUCUUGUUGCAAAGCAGCUAUUUGCUUCCUACUCUCAACAAGCGAGCUGAUAAGAUGAUCAAGGGACUCCCAUUGGAACCCUCUUCCGUUCACAAGCAGUACAUCGGAUUUGAGGUCGUCAAGGUCGUUGGCCUCGCUGUUGCAGGUCUUCGUUUCGGCAAGCUCCUUACUCAUUAAAGCUCUCUCUCUCUGUUUCUUACUUAUCACUUGGUUCUGAUCUAUGAUAGUGAUAAAUGUGUUAUUCUAAUCACCAGAACAAAACAAAUCCAUAACCAAAAAUAAAAAAAAGAACUCUAUGGUUUCUCAAAUGCAAAACGCUUGUUUUUUUGAUUUCCUUGGUCAAAAACCCACCACCAUUCAUGC